AUGCAUCGACCUUUACAUGUUGCUAGAAAAUUCGCACUGCCUGGUGCAGUCACUUUCGCAGCGCGUAUGGCGAGACCUCCUCCUCCUAUGGCUGCCCCCUCGCCUUUGCCAUCUCCAUCAGCACCUGUGAAGGUUCGCACAAAAUUCCCUGAGAGCUGGAUCUUCACCACAAUCGUGUCCGGAUCCAAAACGAAGCUUAUGAAAGUAAAACACACUCCACAGUCGUUCCCCUGGUUUGCCUCCGUCGGCAGCGGCGCCGGCGGUGGUGUCAAUGGUGUUCCUGGGAUGCCAGGUCCACCACCACCACCGCCACUACCAGCACCACCAAUGGGAUCUGGUGCACCUUCCAAUAUGCCCAUCACGAUUCGCACCGAGUUUCCGGAAGCUUGGAUCGUUAUUGCCCUCGAUACUAAGUACGUAAGAUUGGCACAAUUUGAAAAUUGUUGGACUCAUUCUGGUUGGCAACUGAAAUUUAUAUUUUCGCUCACCUUCUUGCUCUACCCGCGAAAGAAGCAGCGUGUUUUGUAGGA